GUCCAAACGAGGAAGGAAAGACGUGGUGUGGAGACAGUUUUGGAUUCCCAAGCGGAAGAAACAAACAGGGAAAUGCUUAGUGAAUUUGAUUUGAAUGGUCAAGGCAAUGGAUCAUUGCUUUCAUGGGUUGCAGAUGGUGGUGAAAUAAAUGUAGAUGGAAUGGACAAUACGUUAAGAUCGAACGAGAUUUAUCCAACAAAGGAACAUUUGAAGGAAACUAUGCAGUUGUAUGCACUGUACAGCAAGUUUCAGCUCCAAACGAGGACAUCAACUCAAGGAGUAUUGCAUGUUGUAUGCGUUGACAAGUCAUGUAAGU